UUUAUUAUUAACCGGUCUGAACUGGUUAAAAGACUAAAAACCGAAACCCAUAUAACUGAUCAAAAAGGCCAGUCCUUAACCGGUCUUCUCAUGACCUAUUUAACACCAUUGAAGGGUAAUGCUGGUUUCAUGCAUAUGUUUUUGGUAGUAUUUCGACUUUUUG